AUGUGACGUCAUCACCAGUGACCGAAACACCAGAAGAAAAUGGCGGAAGAGCAGGAAGAGGGGUCCCUCUCUCAGGAGCUUGAAGUCCUUCAAUCCAUUUACCUUGAUGAACUAGAAGUGUCCCAGGAGGAGAGAUUGGUGCUCAGGAUCACUUUACACCCUACCACGGCUGACAACCCUGAGACGCAGUAUGUGCGACUGACACUGGAUCUCUGCCUACCACCCUCGUAUCCCGAUGAGCCCCCUGAGAUUAUUGUGACCAACGCUCGUGGCCUGUGCGAUGAGCAGAUAGACAGUAUUAUUAGUACUCUUCGCAUGACUGCUGCACAAUCAGUGGGAUGUCCAAUUCUUUACGCACUUAUUGAGAAAUGCAAAGAGAUGCUGACGGCCAGCAAUCUUCCUCGUGGCCACUGCGUCAUCUGCCUCUAUGAGUUUCAGGAAGAUGACUGUCUCACAAAGACACAUUGUUUUCAUCACUUUCACUCAUACUGUCUAGGCCGCUAUGCUAAGCACUGCCUGGAGAACGACCAACGAGAGGAACCUGUUGUAUGUCCUGUUUGUCGUGAAAAUCUGACUUGUGACUUUAAGAAGCUUCAAGCAGCCACACCACCUAAGCAGCCAGAGGAGCUAUAUGUUCCAGACUUACUCAUGGUACAGAGAGAGAAAGAAUUGCGUAAGGUUUAUAGUCGUCAAUUGGCAAAUGGAGGAAUAAUUGACCUUGAAGCAGAAAAAAGACGCUUUUUUAUCAGUAUCCAGGAGACCCCUGCCAGUGAGCAUGAACAUCAAGAGCUACAGCCAGAGAGAGUUACUGCCCAGCCGUCUGACCCAGGCACUGAAUCGGGGCAGGAUCCCAAUCUGCUUCCCAUUGUCUCUAAGCCUCACGUACAAGAGCACCGGCCUGGUAUUAAGACACCUCUGUGUGGAAACCGGCCUUUCCGUAAUAAUCUCCCAGAUGGACAGCCUUGGCGAGAUAGUAGAGGAUGGGCAGCUCGUGACAGGAAGAGGUCGGACACUCGUAGAGUCUGGAGAGAAGAGGCAGCUUCUAAAGACGACCAAACAGCAGUUAGGGGGAGGGUGAUGGUGCGAAGCUGCCGAAGCAGUGGCACAGUCCAGGCUUUCCCAGGGGGCAGCAGUGAAGGUUCACCGAGGGAAAAACCUAAACACUAACACAUGUUCUAAGUGAUUGAAUAAAGCAUAAUGGACU